GAAUCGGUGGAGAAUUUGGAAUACGAAAUUUGAAAUAGUUUGAUAUCUUAUGCUACAUUUAAAUUGUCUAUACUUGACAUUUAUUUAUUUAUGCCCACUAUUAAGUUGAUAGUCCAAUUCGUUGUUAUCCAGUUUUCUCACACGUUCGUCGGAUUGCAGGUUUUCCAUGUUAUUUGUUUGUUAGCAUGUUGAUGUUUUUUUCUGCUGCUGCUAUCGUGCAAAUACAAUACACAAGAGAAAUUCCGAACCCUGCCACAUAGAAAAAAUCAAGAACCCCAACAAACGCUGGCUGCAUCAAAUUCUGAAAAACGCAAAGAAAAACUAAAUACCUAACUUAAAAAGUGAAAAAGAGGAAAAUUGCGUGACGGAUAUUAUAAAACGGACGAAAAACUGAGCACUAUACAAAUGGAAGUUAACUUAGAGGCAGUCAAAGAUGAUGGGAAUACACAGAAAGGUAGCAAAAACGAAGUGGAUAAAUCAUUGGCCGAAAUGCAAGUUUUACCAACUAGUGCUGCGGUGACGGCAAUAAAUCAAGGCGAUUCAACGGCAACGACAGUUACAACUGUGCUAUCUUCAAAAGCUCUCAAGAGAUGUUUAAGCGUACCAAUACCGCGAUCGCAACCCCCUUCUAGGGAAGUUUCACCUGUUCCAGUAUUCAAUAUAUUUGCUCCUCGAGGACGAAGGUAUUCAGCAAGUUACAGCCCAGCCAGAUGUGCUGGAUCUGGGGGAGCAGCAACAAGCGCUGGCAACAAUAAUGGAGGCGGACAAUCAACACGAUGUGUUACACCUCGCAUAUCACAACUGAGACAGGAAGAAUGCGUGGAUGGGUUGAAUUCAAGGGAAGUUAAUCAUGAACGAGAGGUACAUAGUGCCAUACAAAUAUCACAAAGCUGGGAAGAUCUUUCUUUGGUUGCGGAGAACUGGUCAUGCAAGUCAUCAGAUGAGUUAACCAAUUCUUUACAAGUUGUUGUUGGGGGUACAUUACCUAAUAACGGCAGUGGAGGUUGCUCCAGCCCAAGUCCUACAAACAAUCGUGCCAAUUUACGUCUUCCAUAUGGCUUAUCGCCAUCUCCAACUCGACGUAGUACCUUUGCCACACGACGCUCAAUGUCUCCCAUAGCUAUCAGACCAUCACAGUUAGGUCCAGUCAAACGAAAAUUUGAAUUGGAUGAACAGCCAUCAUCCAUUGGUAGUACUUGGAAUUCCCUUUACUCUCAGCCUCCAAGCAAGAAAAUGUUUUGCGAAAGUCGGGGGUCGUCUCCAAUAUGCCAAUCGCCUUCAAGUUCGGUGUGCCCAAGUCCUGACUCGGGCACUGGUACAUAUGAUGGACGCAUCACACCGAAAUUAUUGAUUUCAAAAUUAUAUACACACAAUCAAAAUUCCUGCAUGAACCAAAACAACUCUGCCUGUUCGUCGCCAAUGUCGUCUUCAUCGUUCGGUGGAGAUGUAAUCGAAUCCGGCUCGACAUUAGCUAGCAAUUCAUGCUCUUCGUCAUCAUCCUCUUCAUCGAAUGCCCUAUCAGGAGCAUCUAAUAACAGUGAACCCAUGUCUGUGGGUAACAGCAACAGUUUAGACGAAGGCAUUUCUAUUACUGAAAAACUUCUACGCGAAUCCUUGCCACCCGUCAUACAGGAUGAAUCUACCCUAAUGGAUAUUAUAAAACCACAUGCAACUGCAUUAGAUGAAUGUUGCAACAAAAUGAUAAUUGAAACCACAACAAAUGCAUUGGAAGAUAAAAUGUAAGCUUUCUCCCUGUGGAUCGUACCUACCAACCAACAUGGAGUAUUUGAAAUGACACAAAAUCAGAAAUACUAGAUAUUAGUUAGUUAUUUACUUAUUAAACCAUUUUUUGAAAUGCUUUUUAGGAAAUAUUCAAGUGAAACUUUACCGUAUAAGCAAUAGUAACCAUGCUUAAACGUCCUUACACGUGUCUGUCUGUAGAAACUUGUUAACAAAAUUGUCUUUAACAUGGUAAAUUUAUUAUUUGUCUACGGACGGAUGUUUGAAACCAAGGUUCAAACUAUUGCGCUAUAAGCCUUACUUAAUCCCUUUUCUGCUUAUCUACAGAUUUGCAAAAUCCACCAUACAUUAAAGAAUGUUCGAAUAACUUUUUGAUUUGAAAUUUCAGUCUGUGUAUAUUACUCUAGUAUUCUAUAAAAAAUUGUACCUAUUUGAAAUUUGUUCGAAAUUUUCAGCAGAUUGCAUUCUUUAUGUGUACAACAUUAAAUCAAAGAUGAUUCAUUUAAUAUUCCGUUGCCAUUAUUCAUCCGUAUUUAAAUAAAAUAUAUAUAUAUCACUAUAUAUAUCAUAUUUAUGUAUAAAUUAUGUAUAACUCUUUUUAGUUGUAUUUAACCAUAUGUUUAAAAUUUGAUGUAGUUUUCAGAUGUAUUAAACGCGAAUACGCAUCGUUCUCAUCUCAUCCCUCCUUUCCUUCCUAUCAUCAAAUUAUUAUAAUAAUUAUUUUUGCACAUCAAGCUUAUGUUUUGUGUAACGUUUGUUCUAAUCGAUAAAUUUUACUCUUAUCUAAGAUAAUUAAAAAAACAAUUUGUUUUUCUUUGUAUAAUAAUGCCUAUUAUUUAGAUGUUUUAAUGUACCCCGUGCGCUUUAAUAAUAUUGAUAAUGGUUAAGUUUAUGGUCCCUAUAUUUAGAAACUAUUUCGAAUUAGUAAAAAAAUAAAAUUUGUGAAAAUAUUCAAAACAAUAAAACGAUGUUGGUUUAUGUUUGAUAUUUUAA